ACCCCCCCUGCUGCCUCGGUUGGCCUCGGUUGCAUCGACCUCCGCCGCAAAUACAACAGCCAGGAAUAGCCAACAAAAUCCAGCCAACCAUUACAUUGUAAACAUACGCGUCGUCGUGUUCGUAGGCGGGUGUUGGGUUGUCGCGUGUGUUCGCGAAGAACUUCUACUAACGCCUACUGUUGUCGCCUAACGCGCGAAAAACUAAAGACCGGGUACGUUCCCGAGAACGCUUAACACGCUUAUCGUUCUACCAUGUCCGACAAAGAGGCGAACGGGGACGGCGGCAAGCCGGUGGAAAGCGCCCCGACGGCCGCCCCUUCAGCCGUGGUCGUGUCCGAGCAAGAGAAACAGCUGGCAGCCACGGCCACAGCCGAGUUCAAUGCGGGCAGGUACGCCUCCUGCAUCGAAGCCCUAGACAAGCUGAGGGCCCUUCGCCCGACGGAUGGCAAGGUGGCGCACAACCGAGCGAUCGCCCGCUUCUACGCCUCCGGCAAGAAGAACAGCGAGGAGCUGGCCCAGGAUAUGACCGAGGUCGCCUCCCUGCUGCACGUGAACCUGGCAAGCCCGGACAGCCUAGACGACGUGGACCAGUGUGUGCCCUUCUUUAACCACGCCGUGUCCCUGUACCACGCGCAGCAGUACCGCAAGGCCGUCGCCAUCCUCGACCGACUGUUCCAGUUCAUCGAGCCGCUCGACGAGUCGGUGACUCGCAAGAUCUGCUUCCUCUAUAUCGAGCUGUGCCUGUGCCUCAAGCAGCCCGAGAAGGUGCUCGGCCUGAUCGCGUACGCCGAGAGCCUGGUGUUCGGCAGCAGGGCCGCCGCCGCCGCCGCCGGGGAAACUGCGUCGCCCUUGGAGAAGGACGAGGAGCCCCGGGAGCCGGCCAAGCUGGGCGCCCACUGGACGCGUCUGCAGCAGUACAAGACGCGUUGCUUUAUGCUGCUGCGCUCGACCAAGGCGAGCAAGCGUGAGAUCAAGAGCCUUGUAAACUCGGGAGCCCCGACCAGCCAGACGGUGUUCCUGCGGAGCCAGCUCGAGUUCAUGCGUGGCAACUACCGCAAGGCCGUGAAGGUGCUGUGCACGGCGCAGCUGCAGGGGGACCCCAAGGUCACGGCCAUGUACCACAACAACGUCGGUUGCGUGCACUUCUACACGGGCAAGCCGCACCUGGGCAGCUUCAGCUUCGACAAGGCGCUCCGGGCGUACCACGAGGGCGCCAAGGCCGGCGUCUUCGACAACCGAAUGUAUUACGAGCUCGUGUACAACCUGGGCGUGCAGAACCUGCACGCGGGCAGGUACGUGGCUGCCUUCGACUGCCUGGUGGAGGCGGUCCGGUUCCAGCCAACCAACGCGCGGCUCUGGCUCCGGAUCGCCGAGUGCUGCGUGUACCGUCACAAGUCGGACAACGCGGUAGACUUUCAGCUCAAGGAGCGCAAGCUGAACAUGGUCCGCGGCACGGUUGGCUCCGGACCGUACCGCAAGAUCGUGCUGGCGCCCUCCAUUUCUACUGACCGGUACGUGCCUGUGGGAUCGGACCAUUCUGCCGCGAUACCCGUGCCAACGCUCGAGUUCGCCACGCUUUGCUUGAAGAACGCCCUAUUACUUCUGCCCGAGACGGCCGCUCCAGAAACCGGCAGCUCCACCGGCGUUGCCGGUGGCGAUGACGCCGCACAACCGGGAAACGGAGGAGCCGCAGGUUCUGUCCAGACUCCGCCGCACGUCUUAGACGAAGUGGCGGCCCUGAGGAACUCUGCGCUUGCGCUUGCCGCGUAUGUUGCCCUGUGUCUGAAUGACGUAGUAAUAGCGCUGGAACACGCGGAAAGCCUGCUCUCGCAGCCGAGGAUAUCUGGCAUCCACAGUUUUCUGGGGCACCUCUACGCGGCCGAGGCACUUCUGCUCCUGGACCGGGUUCCAGACGCAGUAGAGCACCUGAACCCCGACCUCGUGACGGACCUCUCGUACGGGUUCCCGGGCGAAGCAGACGACAGCGGGAAUAACAAGGAUGGCAGCAAGCCGGCAACCCCGGAGGCUGAAGACAAGGCGUACCGGAAACCGUGGUACCCGGCGUCCACUUCUACCGCCAGAGUCAUCAGUUUGUACAACCUGGCCGUGGCGUACACGCUUCGAGGCGGUUUGAGCAAGGCCACCGAGACCUUGCGGUUGGUGAGCGCCAGUAAGGGGCAGGACCCUGAGAUUCCGGUGCAGGCACUCAUGCUCGCCAUCUAUGUUCAGCUGCAGCAAGGGCAUGCAGAUCUCGCCAAGUCCAUUAUCAAGCAGCACCUGCCGCAGUACAAGUAGCAAAGGGCAUGUCUGAAGUGACCACUGUUGGGGCGUGGAAUAAACAGUGUUUUGUCUGCC